UUGGAUAGAGGAAGUAUAGCGUUUACCACUGUGUAUUGUCAUUGCACUAAAAGAUCGCGCACAUUCUUAACUUUCAUAACAUCACUGGCUACAGAAACGAAUUGAUUUGGACCAGUGGGUCGGCUCAGAUUUGCUAAAAAGGCAUCCAUUGUGAAAUGAAAGAUGACGCCACAAUGAUUUAAAAGAAAAAAAAAAGAAAAACCAGCGGGCUGUGACGGUUAAACAAGUCAAUUGUAACAUUGAAGAGAUGGGCUUUGUAUCAGAAAACUGGUGACAGAGUUGGAAAUCACGUGUGACAGGGAAGUGCCAUGGGGGGCUCCAUCGCUACUCUAGCCAAACCUGAGGACCUGGAGUCAGAGGAGCAGGAUGAAAAGACACCUGUGUUGCCACCAAACAAGAGGAGCUCAGGGACCAGCUACCAGAGCAUCAAUGGAACAGCAUCAGGCUCCUACCUAGACGUUGCAGGGCAGAGUAGCAUGAACUGCCCAUCCUGCCAGGGAACAGGCCGGAUCCCCAGGGGUCAAGAGGAACAUCUGGUGGCUUUGAUCCCAUACAGCGACCAGAGGCUUCAACCUAGUCGCACGAAGCUGUAUGUGUGUGUCUCUGUCGUGAUCUGUUUGCUGGCCUCGGCUCUGGUUAUCUUCUUUGUGUUUCCCCGGACUAUCACAGUGACAGCAGUGGGCGUUAAGUCAGCCUUUGUUUGGUACCCACAGUAUGCCGUCAGCAUGAAUAUUACAAACAUUGUGGAAAUCAGCAACGAUAACUUCUACAGCAUCCGUGUCUCCAGUCUCAGUCUGCAGGUUCUGUGGUAUGAAACCAUGGUUGGGAAAGUGAAGAGCGAAAAUAUUACUAUCGUCAAACCUCUCAGCAAGAACCGGUUUUCUUAUACAGUUGGAAUCCAAGUCAAUGAUCCUGGAAUUCACAAUUACUGCACAAUGUCUUCAAUCAAGAUUCACACUAUGUUUUUUCAUAUUCAGGGGUCGAUUACUGCUUCAUACCUGGCCCGCUCAGAAGAGCUGUCCCUUGAUACCUAUGAGUUUGUAGACUGUGGAGCCAACACCACCACCCCACACAGCUUCAACCCUCCAGGCAGUGAGCAGUGAUGAGCAACAGUCUCAUUAACCCACAACAAGCCCCCUACCUUCACAAUAGCUAAAGUAAUCCAAAUAAUGUUGGCUAUUAAACCUACUGUGAUCAUUUUGAAAAAAAGGGACUUUUCAAGGGAAUUUGAAUAUUAAUUUUAUAGAGUUACAUCAGGAAUUAGCAAAACUGUUAUACAAUUAGUUUUUAAGAAAUAAAACAUUUUGUAUUACUUUAGUAGUAGUACAGUAUAAUCAAGUUACAUAUACUAAUUAUAAUAUAAUUAUUUUAUUAAUGCAAUACUGUAUAUUACUCGCUGUCAUUUCUUUUUUUUUUUUUUUUUACUUUGUGUGGUUGAUUGUGUCUUUAACUUUACUGCAUUUGGUGGCUACAGUAGCAAAACAAAAACCAAAAAACAGUCCUUAACACAGUCUUUAUAUGAACAUGGCCCACAGUAACCAAGAAAACAUUAUUCAUUUUGUUUUAUAAUAAGGGUUAUAAUGUUCUAAUGUCCUCUACAUUUAGUGGCUAUUUAUACGUACUGGUUUUCUGGUAAUAGCUACAGCAAAUUCAUUUGUUGAAAAUUUCUCCAGAGACUGCCCGGAGCACAGCUACACCGCUACAUGCAGACAGUGAUAGUAGAGCAUGUGUUUUCCUUUACCUGAUCCUAGCUAGUACCUUGAUGUUAUUUUUUAGAAGGGUUGCUUUGGGUAGUUUUCUGGCAGCCUGGAGAGAUUGUCAGCUAAUUUGAGAAAAGGUUUAAUGAACAUCCAACUUAAUAAAAACAGUCCUGAAGCAUUCCUUAAAACAGCUGAUGAAUGAAACCUAGCCAAGAAACUUCCCAGUAUUUUUUUAUUGAACACAAACCAGUGAACGCUGUACUGUGUGUGUAAGUGGCACAAUUUCUGGGAACUUUUAUUCACGUAUAACAUAAGCCAUGUAUCGCAUUAUUUGAAUGGCUUUGCAAAAAUGCUUCUGCAGUUUUUUCCCUUUACUUUUGUCCUGUUUUAUUUUAUAGACAAACAAUUAGCUACUGCAGAAGUAACUAGAACAUUGCUUUUAUAGUUCAAAAUAUUUGUAUCAGUGUGAAGAGUGUCCUGUCUCUGUCUGGCAAAUGUUCCAUGGAGAAGUGGAUUCUGAACAGAUAGAGCAUGCGGUGUGACAGUUGAGUCAUGCUUAUUAUACUGGCCGACUGGUCAUGCUUUCUCUCCAUUCUCCCGUGCCCGCUCCUUCUCUUAUUAUUUGCACUUACUGUAAACUGUACUUAAAUAUUAAUCAUUGUAAUAUCGUACUGCCCUGUAACACCUAUAAGUUGCCUUUGAUAAAGGUGUCUGCCAAAUAAAUAAAUAAACAAAUAAAUAAAUAA